AUGACCUCUUCAGAAAGCUGGGUUCUUUCUCUAUCUUUUUCAAAGAAAUUUCUGUCCUUUUCGUGUCUGUUUUUGUCCGAAUAUUUGCCGUCUACUUUGCAGUGUGAUGCUAUCUAUAUCUCUCUCUCUUUCCCUUUUAUCUGGGGAGUGAUAGUGCUACCGGACCCAAUUUUCCUCACCCCUUUUUCUGCUGCACCUGUCUUUUCUUUUCUCUCUCUCAUUGAAUUCGCCUGCUUGUUCCUCUUGCAGCCCGCCCUCUCUUCCCUAUUCUUCGUCCUCCUCUUUUCCCGCGCGCUAUUUUCCUCUCAGCUUUUCUCGCUUUCUUCCCCCCACCCCGCACACGUUUUUUUUUAUCUCCUCUUAUCCCUCAAAGAGAAAAGAAAUCUGUGUAAAAUCCCCUUCUUCCUUAUUUUCUACUUCAUUUCUUUUCUUGUAUUCCCUACUCAUACUCCCUUUUUUCCAUUCUCAUACUCCCUUUUUCUUUUACUAUACUCCUUUCCCCCUUCCCAUACUCCCUUUUCCCCCCUUCUCAUACUCCCCUUCCCAUACUCCCUUUUCCCUUGUCAUACUCCCUUCCCCCUUGUCAUACUCCCUUUUCCCCUUGUCAUACUCCCUUUUUCCCUUCUCAUAAUUGUUUCUUCUUUUUCCUUCUCAUAA